AUGGCUUCAAAAGUAGAUAAAAAAAAAAAGUCAAAAGCUAAAUUGAACUCUGAAUUAAGCAAAAAAAAAGAUAUAAAGAAUAAAUUAGAAGAAAACUAUGAUAAUAAAAAUGAUAGCAAAUCAACGGUAUCUACUGCAGUUGAUUCCGAAGUAAAAUUUCAGGUUUCAAAUAAUUUAUUAAGCAAAAAAAAAGGUAAGAAAAAUAUAAGUAAUUUAAAUCAAAAGAAUUUAAAAGCAAAUGAAAUUGAAAAAAAAAACGAAGACAAGAAACUAAAACAAAAUAAAAAAAAAGCAAAGAUAGAAAAAAAAGAUGUAUCAGAUUCAUCAGAUUCAAGUGAUAGUGAUAGUGAUCAAGAAGAAAAAAAAAUAAAUGAAAAAGAGAAAAAUAAACAAGAUUCAAGUUCAGGUUCAAGCUCAAGUUCAGAUUCAGAUUCAGAUUCAACUGUUGAAAGCAAGAAUGUAUUAAAUAAAAAAAAUAAAGGUUCUUCUAAAGUUAAAAAAGAAGAAAAAGAGUUGGAGAAAGAAAAAUUAGAAUCAGAUUCAGAAUCAGAAUCAGAUUCAGAUUCAGAUUCAGAUUCAGAUUCAGAUUCAGAUUCAGAUUCAGACGAAGAAAAGGAUAAAGAUAAGAAAAAAAAAAAAGAAAAAAAAAAAAAAGUAGAAAGGGAAGAAGUAGAACCUGAAUUAGAUUCAGAAGAAUCAGAGAAAGAAAAAGAGAAAAAAAAAAAAAAUGAAAAAGAAAAAAAAAAGAAGAUAGAAAAGAAAGAAGGAAAAGAAGAAAAGGUAGAAAAAGAAUCUAGUUCAGAUUCAGAUUCAGAUUCAGAUUCAGAUGAAUCAGAAGAGGAAAAAGAAGCAAAAGAAAAAGAGAAUAUGCAAGAAAAAGAAAAGUCAGAGUCGGAUUCAGAUUCAGAUGAUUCAGAUGAUUCAGAUGAUUCAGAUGACUCAGAUGAAGAAAAAGAAAAAAAAGUGGGAAAAGAAAAAGUAGAUGGAAAACAGGAAUCAGAUUCAGAUUCAGAUUCAGAUGAAUCAGAUGAAGAGAAAGAGAAGAAAGGGAAAAAAGAAGAAAAGGUGGAAAAAAAAGAAAAAAUAGAAAAAUUAGAAAAAGAAAAAUCCAGUUCAGAUUCAGAUUCAGAUUCAGAUUCAGAUUCAGAAGAAUCAAAUGAAGAUGAAAAAGUAGAUGAAGAAAAAGAAGUAAAAAAAGUUGAAAAAAAAAAUUCGGAUUCGGAUUCAGAUUCAGAUUCAGAUUCAGAUGAAGAAUCAGAUGAAGAAAAAGAAAAAAACAUUUCCGAUAAAGUUAACAAAGAAAUUGAAGAAGAGAAAAAAGAAUUAAAUGGAAUAGAAGGAAAAAAUAAAAGAAAAAAUGCUAGUGAAAAUGUAAAUAAAGAAAAUAAAAAGCAAAAAAUGAAUAAUGCAGAUUAUGAACAGAAUUUCAAUGAUGAACAAAUGAAAGAAGAAUUUAUAGUAACCUUACUUAAUAUAAGUAGAAAUACUAAAGAAGCUGAUUUAAGAAACUUUUUAAAAGAUCUAUUAAAUGAGGAUUUCGAUGAAAAAAAAAUAUUUAUACAUAUUAAUGCUUAUAAUAAUAGUGCUUAUAUAUAUUGCUCAGACAGAAAAAUAAAGGAUAAGCUUUUAUCAAAAAAUAAUGAAUAUUUUAAGGGAGUACCUGUGAAAUUUCUUGAAAAUCCUAAUGUUUCAAGCAAGAUCAUUCUUUAUCAUACUAGUAAAAAUACAACUCAAGACGAUGCUAGGAGAAUGUUUGAAAAAUUUGGUAAUAUAGUUGAAGUUUAUUUCACUAAUAAUAAACCAAAAAUUUUUGUUGUAUUUGAUAAUCUUGAAAGUUGCAUUAAAUCAUUAGAACAGGAUGGUUGUCUUUUGAAUGAAAAUUUUAUUCAUGUUUCACUAACAUUAAAUAAUGGUCCAUCAGAUAAUACUAAUAAUAGUAAUAAGAAAUUUAAUAAUAACAAUGGAGGAAAUAAGAAAAGAUCAGGAAAAGGUUUUUCAGGUAACAAUUUCGGUAAUUAUAAUAAAUUUAACAAUAAAUUUAGUAAUGGAAAUAAUAAUAAUGGCAAUAAUAAUAAUAAUAAUAAUAACAAAUUUAACUCUAAACCAUUUAAUAAUUUUAAAAAUAAAAAAAAUUUUUAA